AUGGCUAAGUCAGUUAAAGAUAAGAAGGUGGAUAAGAAAGUUGCUAGCAAAAAAGAUGCUAAACCAUCCAAAAGUGACAAGAAGGUAGAGAAGAAGAAGAGCAAGAAGGAGGAAAGCUCAUCUGAAGAAGAGGAAGAUGAUGACAGUUCAUCAAGUUCAAGCUCAGAUUCAGAUUCAGAUUCAGAUUCAGACUCAAGCUCAAGCUCAAGCUCAUCAUCAUCUAGUUCAAGUGAAUCCUCAAGUGACGAAUCUUCAUCAGAUGAAGAGGAAGAAGUUAAAGAGGAAAUCAAAAUCACUAAAAAGGAGAAGAGAUCCGAUUCAAGCUCUUCCUCCUCCUCAUCUUCAUCAUCAUCUGAUAGCUCAGACAGCGAAGAAGAAGAAGUAAAAGAGGAAAUCAAGGUAACCAAAAAAGAAAAGAGAUCUGAUUCUAGCUCAUCCUCCAGCUCAGACAGUGAAGAGGAAGAAGAAGAAGAUGUUAAAGAGAAAGUUGAAAUCAAGAAAGUUUCAUCAUCAAGCUCUUCAAGCCUGAGUUCAGAAUCCGAUUCUGAUUCAGACAGUUCUAGCUCUAGCUCAUCAUCAUCUGAUUCUGAUUCAAGCUCCGAUUCCGAUUCCGACUCUGAUUCAGAAGAAGAAGAAGUAAAGGAGACACCAAAGAAGCGUAAGAUUGAAGAGGUUGAAUCAACAACUACUCCAGAAAUCAAAAAAGCCAAGUCUGAAUCAUCAUCUACAACCGAUGAAGAGCCAGCCACUAUUUUUGCCGGUAGAUUAUCAUGGAACAUUGACGAUGAGUGGUUAAAGAGAGAAUUUGAACAUCUUGACGGUGUUAUUGGAGCUAGAGUAAUUAUGGAAAAAGCUACCGGAAAAUCGAGAGGUUAUGGAUAUGUUGACUUUUCCUCCAAAUCAGCUGCUGAAAAGGCCAUUACUGAAAUGCAAGGUAAAGAAAUUGAUGGCAGACCAAUCAAUUUGGAUAUGUCAACAGGUAAACCUCAUGCAUCAAAGUCCAACAAUGACCGUGCCAGACAAUUUGGUGACCAACAAUCACCACCAUCAGAUACUUUAUUCAUUGGUAACUUGUCAUUCAACGCCAAUAGAGAUAAUUUAUUUGAAGUCUUUGGUGAAUAUGGUAAUGUCAUUUCAUGCAGAUUACCAACUCAUCCUGAUACUCAACAACCUAAAGGAUUCGGAUACGUGCAAUUUUCCACUGUUGAUGAAGCUAAGGCUGCUUUGGAAGCUUUGAAUGGUGAAUACUUGGAGGGAAGACCAUGCAGGUUAGAUUACUCAGCACCAAGAGAUAACAACAAUAGCGGUGGUGGAUUCGGUGGUGGUCGCGGUGGCCGCGGUGGAUUUGGUGGUGGUCGUGGCGGUGGCCGUGGUGGAUUUGGUGGUAGAGAAAGAUCAGCUACACCAAGUGGAACACCAAGAAAAUCGGCAGCAACCGAAUUCAAGGGAACAAAGAAAACUUUUGAUUAG